UCUUAUUUUGACAUGGGCUUUUUAUCCCAGUGUGCAUUGCGCAUACUAGCGAACAUGUUGUGUAAAAUGAAUGGAAGAAGCUGUUGAAAGCUGUAAACUGGACAUAAACUUGUAAUUAUUAUGAUAUUUGCUGCUCCUGGAAUUUCAACAUGGCUUUCGCAUGAAAUUUAACUCUGAUAGAGCGGUUCCAGGAAGCUAAGCGAUCAGGUAACACGGGAAAACUGCUGUAAUAUCAUGUCGUUCCCUCAGCCCAAACCUCAGGCUCCUCAGCUCCCUCAGCAUCUGCUCAAGACCAUAGACUGCCAGCAGGGAGCUGUCAGGGCUGUCCGCUUCAACGCUGAUGGGAACUACCUGCUGUCCUGUGGCAGCGACAAAUCUCUAAAGCUGUGGAGUGUGAGCCGAGGGACCCUGCUGAAGACAUACAGCGGCCAUGGAUACGAGGUCCUGGAUGCAGAUGGAUCCUAUGACAACAGCCAGCUUUGCUCCUGCAGCUCUGAUAAGACUGUGAUCCUGUGGGACGUCGCCACAGGCCAGGUCACACGCAAACUCAGAGGUCACGCUGGGAAAGUCAACUGCAUCCAGUUCAAUGAGGAGGCAACUGUCAUCUUGUCUGGGUCCAUAGAUGGGACGGUUCGGUGCUGGGACACCAGGUCCAGAAGAUUUGAGCCCAUCCAGGUACUAGACGAGGCUCGGGACGGCGUCAGCAGCCUGAAGGUGGUGCAACAUGAGCUGCUUACUGGAUCGGUGGACGGCAGAGUGAGACGCUACGACCUGAGGAUGGGACAGCUGCAUGUUGACUUCAUCGACAGUCCCAUCACAUGUGUGUGUUUCAGUCAGGACGGUCAGUGCACUCUGAGCUCCAGUUUGGAUUCAACAGUCAGACUCCUGGACAAGAGCACGGGGGAAAUGCUGGGAGAGUAUAAAGGACACAAGAUGAAGGGCUAUAAACUGGACUGCUGCCUGUCCAGUAAAGACACUCACGUCCUGAGCUGCUCAGAGGACGGACAUGUGUACUGCUGGGACCUGGUAGAAGGAUCUUUGUCUCUGAAGCUGCCGGUGGGGAAAGCUGUUGUCCAGUCAUUGUCCUUCCACCCCACAGAGACCUGCCUCCUCACAGCCAUGGAGGGGCGCGUCCAGGUGUGGGGAGCAGAGCCGGAGGAGACGGAGGAGGAUGCCAUGGCCACAUAGAGCUGGUGAAAGUAGAAGUCAGAAGCUACAUCUGCAUGCUGAGAAGAUUCAUUUUUAGUUCGUUAUUCCAGGUAAAGCCUGUAGACAUCUUGUUAUGCUGGCAAGACAAUUUCAGUUUUUGUGUCCGUGAACACACGUUGGUUGGACAGGAAUAGAACUAUUCUGUAAGAAAACAUUAAACUGGAUCAAAUACUGAUGUGGGCAACUUGAAUAAGAUCCUAACUGCAGUCUUUAUGGCUUUAAAAAGAUUCAGUGGUGUACAGAAAGGAAGCAAAUGUUGAACAUACCAGCAUAAAUAGUAAAAAGUCAAAAACUGAUGAGCUUUGGUUCACAGAUGUACAGAGUGCAUGAUCUACAUGUCUUAAGUUUAAGUUCUUAAAUGGCUCAUGAGAUGAUCUAGAACUUUUAUUUUUGUACAUGUGCAAAACAUAUAUUUUUGUAUGAAACCUUGAAUAAACCCUUUUGUUGUAUAAAUGA